UCGAGUAUCUCGAUUUCAUUUCUCGAUCCAACGCAGCCGCAAUGACGCGCUUCGACAUGUGGCCGAGUAUUAAAUUCUAACCUCACGUAAUUUCUAAUUUUUCUUAUUAACAGAAUGAAGUUCGCUUACAAGUUCAGCAAUUUGCUGGGAACCGUUUACCGCAAAGGAGAUUUAAUCUUUUCACCUGAUGGGUACUCUGUCAUCAGUCCAGUCGGCAAUCGAAUCACCAUUUUUGAUCUCAAAAACAAUAAAUCUACCACAUUGCCAGUUGAGAGCAGGUUCAAUUACACGUCGAUCGAUAUCGCACCUAAUGGAUUCAUAUUGAUAGCAGUAAAUGAAGAAGGAGAAGCAAGUUUGAUAAGUCUGAUUAGCCGGACCGUUAUACACAAAUAUCGAUUUAAAAGACGAGUUCGAUGUAUCAAGUUUUCACCAGAUGGAAAGCAUUUUGCUGCGUGUAAAGAAAAUAAUGUUUUCGUAUUCAAAGCGCCGGGCCUAUUGACUGGAGAAUUCAAUCCAUUUGUUAUGGAACGAGUGUUUCACGGUGCUUUUGACGAUACUACCUAUAUCGACUGGUCAUAUGAUUCGAAAAUCUUAGCUGUAGGCUCUAAGGACAACUCGACACGAUUGUACAGUCUGGAAAAAUGGGUAAACUUCAAAUCUUAUUCUCUUGGGAGCCACACUGAUUCUAUAGUCGGAUGUUUCUUUGAGAAAAACUCUUACGAUCUUUCCACGAUCAGCAGGAACGGGCAGCUGUGUGUUUGGGAAUGCAGCAUCGAUCCUGAUGCUUUAAUACUGUGGCAGCCCAUCGUCAAGAAACAGAAGCCUCAAGAAAGCGACAGUGAAGAUGACAUAGAUUUUGAUAAAGCUUUGGAGAAGACAGAAAAACAAAAAAAGAAGGACAAACAUAUAAUGCAGCAAUCAGCUGCAGACGAUGCGGAGGAUGAAGAGAAUCCAACAGAUAAGGAAAAUAAAGUUGCUAAAUUAUUCUACAAAAAAUUGGGCAGACAUUAUUUGGGUGAUGAAGUACGAAAGCAAAACCCAGAUGCAGUUCUCACAUCAGCUGCCUACCAUCGCAAUACGAAAAUCCUUGUUACUGGUUUCAGUACAGGAGCUUUCUACAUUCAUGAAAUGCCUGAUGUCAAUAUGAUUCAUUCCCUGAGUAUUUCAGACCAAUGCAUUUCAUCGAUAGCCUUAAACAAUACCGGGGAUUGGAUAGCACUCGGUUGUUCCGGCCUUGGUCAACUCUUGGUCUGGGAAUGGCAGAGUGAAACAUAUGCAAUGAAGCAGCAGGGUCACAGCACAAACAUGAGUUGUUUGGCUUACAGUCCCGACGGUCAGUACAUAGUGACUGGUGGCGACGAUGGAAAAGUCAAACUGUGGAAUGCAACGACUGGAUUCUGUACCAUAACUUUCCAGGAACACUCCUCGGCUGUUAGUGACGUCCUUUUUAGCCACAAUCGGAAGUUCGUUGUCUCUGCUUCCCUUGACGGUACAGUCAGAGCCUAUGAUAUGACGAGAUACAGAAACUUCCGUACUUUGGUUUCUCCUCGCCCUGUACAAUUUUCUUGUGUCGCCUUAGACGCGAGCGACGAAUUUCUCGCAGCGGGUGGUCAGGAUGUAUUCGAAAUAUUUCUAUGGAGUAUGAAACUUGGUAGACUGCUUGAAAUUCUUGCUGGUCAUGAAGGUCCAGUGGCGAGCCUAGCUUUUAGUCCAAAUUUGGCGAGCUCGGCACUAGCAUCUGUUUCCUGGGACAAGACGUUGAAAUUGUGGAAUGCCAUAGAAAGUGGAUCCACUCAUGAAACCAUUCAAUUGACAGCGGAUGGUUUGUGUGUUGUAUACAAACCUGAUGGCAAGGAAGUCGCAGUCGCUACGCUAGAUGGGCAGAUUUCAUUUUUUGAUUGUAAAACGGCGACGCAGACCAGUAGCAUUGAGGGAAAGAAUGAUCUGGGCAGUGGGAGAGCAGAUACGGAUCUGGUUACUGCGAAGAAAAGUCUGCAGGGAAAAGCGUUCACCUGUCUUUGUUACGUGGCUGAUGGCUCAUGCAUACUUGCUGGAGGUCAGUCGAAGAAUGUUUGCAUUUACAACAUCCAAGAGUCCAUACUCUUGAAGAAGUUUGAAGUAACGCAGAAUCGGUCUUUCGACGCAGUUGAUGAUUUUAUAAACAGACGGAAAAUGACUGAAUUUGGUAAUGUGGCGCUUGUCGAAGACCGGGAAGAGAAUGAAGGCGGAAAGGUAUCCCUUCGUUUACCAGGAGUUAGAAAGGGUGACAUGGCUAGCAGAAGCAUCAAACCAGAAGUCAGAAUUUAUAGUCUUCAAUUCUCUCCGACAGGACAAUCGUGGGCUGCGGCAACGACAGAGGGACUCUUGAUAUAUUCUUUAGACAUCGGGCUAGUCUUCGAUCCAUUUGAACUGGAGUUCGGUAUAACGCCACAAACGGUUAAAGAGACCUUGUUCAAAAGAGAACAUGCUAGAGCCCUCAUGAUGGCCCUAAAGCUGAACGAAAAGCUAUUAAUUCAAGAAGUGGUCGAGAAUGUUCCAUAUCGUGACAUCGAACUGACCAUAACAAGCUUGUCCGAUGUCUACAUAGAAAGGGUGUUAAAGUUUGUAGCUUCAGAAUUGGAAAAUACAAGGCACAUUCAUUUCUACCUCAUAUGGAUUAACGCGAUACUAACAAGACAGGGAUCGAAAAUAAAUUCCACAAUGCAAAUGCCGGUGCUGUUAACGCUGCAGAAAAACAUGCAAAGAAAGUACGAUGAGUUGAGUAAAAUCUGUGAUUUCAACCAGUAUACAAUUAAGUAUAUUCAACGACUGGGAGAACACAACGCAGCAAAAGAGAAGGUGAAAAGUGACGGAGAAGUGACGAGCGAGGAUGAAUUGCGGGAAGACACUCUAGCCGAGGAAAUGGAAGUAGAUUGAUUCAGCUAUAAGACAAACCGUCGGCAGUACACGAGGAAGAUUCGACGCCUGGGUAUCGAUCUCAACUUGAUAACGGAGAUCGAGGACCUUGACGACCACGAAUUCUCCCAGGGCGGCGAACACGAAUACCAUGCAACCAGCCAUCCAGAGAUCCAGCGCCUGUUGGAGGGAUUUUAAAAUUGCAUCUUUAA